UGCAGAAUCACUCUUGGAUUUGCUUCUAGAGUCUCUAUUGAUUAUUUUCUCUAUUUCUUUGCAAUGUCACACUACUUUGUUAAUAUCCCAUGGUGCUAGUCCAUUCCCCCUCCCGCCCCUUUUUUUUGAGACAGAGUCUGACUUUGUCUCUCAAGCUGAAGUGCAGUGGUGCCAUCAUAGGUCACUGCAGCCUCCAACUCCUAGGCUCAAGGGAUCCUCCUGCCUCAGCCUCCCAAGUAUCUGGGAUUACAGAGGCGUGGAGCUAUUUCCUAUGACAGUUCUGAUCAGACUGCAUUAUAUAUUCGUAUGCUAGGAGAUGUACGUGUAAGGAGCCGAGCAGGAUUUGAAUCAGAAAGAAGAGGUUCUCACCCAUAUAUUGAUUUUCGUAUUUUCCACUCUCAAUCUGAAAUUGAAGUGUCUGUCUCUGCAAGGAAUAUCAGAAGGCUACUAAGUUUCCAGCGAUAUCUUAGAUCUUCACGCUUUUUUCGUGGUACUGCGGUUUCAAAUUCCCUAAACAUUUUAGAUGAUGAUUAUAAUGGACAAGCCAAGUGUAUGCUGGAAAAAGUUGGAAAUUGGAAUUUUGAUAUCUUUCUAUUUGAUAGACUAACAAAUGGAAAUAGUCUAGUAAGCUUAACCUUUCAUUUAUUUAGUCUUCAUGGAUUAAUUGAGUACUUCCAUUUAGAUAUGAUGAAACUUCGUAGAUUUUUAGUUAUGAUUCAAGAAGAUUACCACAGUCAAAAUCCUUACCAUAACGCAGUCCACGCUGCGGAUGUUACUCAGGCCAUGCACUGUUACUUAAAGGAACCUAAGCUUGCCAAUUCUGUAACUCCUUGGGAUAUCUUGCUGAGCUUAAUUGCAGCUGCCACUCAUGAUCUGGAUCAUCCAGGUGUUAAUCAACCUUUCCUUAUUAAAACUAACCAUUACUUGGCAACUUUAUAUAAGAAUACCUCAGUACUGGAAAAUCACCACUGGAGAUCUGCAGUGGGCUUAUUGAGAGAAUCAGGCUUAUUCUCACAUCUGCCAUUAGAAAGCAGGCAACAAAUGGAGACACAGAUAGGUGCUCUGAUACUAGCCACAGACAUCAGUCGCCAGAAUGAGUAUCUUUCUUUGUUUAGGUCCCAUUUGGAUAGAGGUGAUCUAUGCCUAGAAGACACCAGACACAGACAUUUGGUUUUACAGAUGGCUUUGAAAUGUGCUGAUAUUUGUAACCCAUGUCGGACGUGGGAAUUAAGCAAGCAGUGGAGUGAAAAAGUAACGGAGGAAUUCUUCCAUCAAGGAGAUAUAGAAAAAAAGUAUCAUUUGGGUGUGAGUCCACUUUGCGAUCGUCACACUGAAUCUAUUGCCAACAUCCAGAUUGGUUUUAUGACUUACCUAGUGGAGCCUUUAUUUACAGAAUGGGCCAGGUUUUCCAAUACAAGGCUAUCCCAGACAAUGCUUGGACAUGUGGGGCUGAAUAAAGCCAGCUGGAAGGGACUGCAGAGAGAACAGUCCAGCAGUGAGGACACUGAUGCCACAUUUGAGUUGAACUCACAGUUAUUACCUCAGGAAAAUCGGUUAUCAUAACCCCCAGAACCAGUGGGACAAACUGCCUCCUGGAGGUUUUUAGAAAUGUGAAAUGGGGUCUUGAGGUGAGAGAACUUACUCUUGACUGCCAAGGUUUCCAAGUGAGUGAUGCCAGCCAGCAUUAUUUAUUUCCAAGAUUUCCUCUGUUGGAUCAUUUGAACCCACUUGUUAAUUGUAAGACCCGAACAUACAGCAAUAUGAAUUUGGCUUUCAUGUGAAACCUUGAAUAUGCAAAGCCCAGCAGGAGAGAAUCCGAAAGGAGUAACAAAGGAAGUUUUGAUAUGUGCCACGACUUUUUCAAAGCAUCUAAUCUUCAAAACGUGAAACUUGAAUUGUUCAGCAACAAUCUCUUGGAAUUUAACCAGUCUGAUGCAACAAUGUGUAUCUUGUACCUUCCACUAAGUUCUCUCUGAGAAAAUGGAAAUGUGAAGUGCCCAGCCUCUGCUGCCUCUGGCAAGACAAUGUUUACAAAUCAACUCUGAAAAUAUUGGUUCUAAAUUGCCUUGGAGCAUGAUUGUGAAGGAACCACUCAAACAAAUUUAAAGAUCAAACUUUAGACUGCAGCUCUUUCCCCCUGGUUUGCCUUUUUUCUUCUUUGGAUGCCACCAAAGCCUCCCAUUAGCUAUAGUUUUAUUUCAUGCACUGGAAACUGAGCAUUUAUCAUAGAGUACCGCCAAGCUUUCACUCCAGUGCUGUUUGGCAAUGCAAUUUUUUUUAACAAUUAGUUUUUAAUUUGGGGUGGGAGGGGAAGAACACCAGUGUCCUAGCUGUAUUAUGAUUCUGCAGUGAAGACAUUGCAUGUUGUUUUCACUACUGUACACUUGACCUGCACAUGCGAGAAAAAGGUGGAAUGUUUAAAACACCAUAAUCAGCUCAGGGUAUUUGCCAAUCUGAAAUAAAAGUGGGAUGGGGAAGUGUGUCCUUCAGAUCAAGGGUACUAAAGUCCCUUUCGCUGCAGUGAGUGAGAGGUAUGUUGUGUGUGAAUGUAUGGAUGUGUGUUUGCGUGCAUGUUUGUGCAUGUGUGACUGUGCAUGUUAUGUUUCUCCAUGUGGGCAAAGAUUUGAAAUGUAAGCUUUUAUUUAUUAUUUUAGAAUGUGACAUAAUGAGCAGCCACACUCGGGGGAGGGGAAGGUUGGUAGGUAAGCUGUAAAGAUUGCUCCAGUUGCCUUAAACUAUGCACAUAGCUAAGUGACCAAACUUCUUGUUUUGAUUUGAAAAAAGUGCAUUGUUUUCUUGUCCCUCCCUUUGAUGAAACGUUACCCUUUGACGGGCCUUUUGAUGUGAACAGAUGUUUUCUAGGACAAACUAUAAGGACUAAUUUUACACUUCAAACAUUCCACUUUUGUAAUUUGUUUUAAAUUGUUUUAUGUAUAGUAAGCACAACUGUAAUCUAGUUUUAAGAGAAACCGGUGCUUUCUUUUAGUUCAUUUGUAUUUCCCUUGUUACUGUAAAAGACUGUUUAUUAAUUGUUUACAGUUUGUUGCAACAGCCAUUUUCUUGGGAGAAAGCUUGAGUGUAAAGCCAUUUGUAAAAGGCUUUGCCAUACUCAUUUUAAUAUGUGCCUGUUGCUGUUAACUUUUGAUGAAUAAAAACCUAUCUUUUCAUAUUUU